ACCAWCCCACCAGACAGGCAGCAAUCCCAACGGUGCAUCCCAGUUCCCAAAGGUCUGCCACCAGCCAGGRUGGUCCCACACAUGGGGAAACUGAGUCACAGAGAUGGGGUCUGCCUGCUGGGUCAGCCUGCCAGUGCCACCACAGCCUGAGGGGACAGGAGGCAGCAGAACACCCACGUACCCCCAAAAAUACAACCCUCACACUGAGCUGCCACUGAAUGAAUGAUAAUUGGGGAACAACAAAGCGUUAUGGGAUUAUGGCUGCAUUAAACACAAUCCUAUUAGUGUGUUAUUAAAGCCCAGCCUAAUCCAUCCCUGACUGAACCUGUGUUUUAUGUAUCAUUAGCCCCCGGUAAAUCACAUUUCAAUGCCGGAGCAAAAGCGUGGGUUCAGAGCUGCCCGGGGCACAUCCCACUGCUCGUCCAGCUUGGGAUAAUAACCCGGGAUGGGCGAGACGCAGCCUCCUCCACACAGCCCCUGGAGGGCUGGCACUGGGAGAUGCUCUGCGCUAAACCCCGUGGCUGAUCAUUCACCAGGGCAGCAGGGGAUCUGCAUGGCCUGGGGAUCCGAAAUACCCAAAACAGCCUCGGCAGGGACGGGACACGGGGAUUUUGUUCCUGCAGCUCCUUUCGGCAGCUGCCGGCAAUGCGGACAGGAACGGUUUAUCCUGGCACCGAGGGUUUUCUGCCCUCCGCCUGGAAGGGYUGUUCCCACGAGGGGCAAAGGGACGCGGAGGAGGGGACAGGCAGCAAAGAGGAGGACCAGACACGUGGUGGGACAGGCCAGGUGGUACGCGGGCAGGAUCUCCCGGCACCUGGCAGAGGAGCGGCUCCUCCAGCGCAAUCACCUGGGAGCCUUCCUGAUCCGCGACAGCGAGAGCGCCCCGGGCGAGUUCUCUCUCUCCGUCAGCUACGGGAAGCACGUCCAGCACUUCAAGGUGCUCAGGGAGAGGAACGGCAAAUAUUUCCUCUGGGAGGAAAAGUUCAACUCCCUCAACGAGCUGGUGGAUUUCUACAGGAUGAGCACCAUCGCMAAAGAGCAGCAGAUUUUCCUACGGGACGAGGAGCAGACCCAGGAGGUGAAGAGACCCCGAUUCGUGCAAGCCCAGUUUGAUUUCUCAGCCCAYGAACGUUCCCAGCUGCCUUUCCUCCGUGGGGACAUCAUCGAGGUCCUGGACUGCCCUGACCCCAACUGGUGGCAGGGSAAGAUCUACGGCCGUGUCGGGUUCUUCCCCCGGAACUACGUCCACCCCAUCCACAAGUGACCUUGACCACACCUCAGUGACCGGGCAGGACCCGGCCCCGCUGUCCCCRCUCACCAGAGCUGCCCACACACGGACUGAGUGUCCCUUUGUCCCCAGGAUGGUGUCCACCCCAGUGCCACGUGGCUGUGCUGGAGGUGGAGGCCAGGCUGGUGGGGUUCCYCAUCCAGGGGGAUGGAUCCAGCACCCUGGAAUAUCAGCUGGGGCUCCCCUGUUCCCCCGAUCCCGAGAGCUCUGUGACCCCCAGCCCUGGGCUGGCAGUGGUGCUCCCCAGGGAGGGAGCGUGGAGUGUUCAGCCACGGCCAUAAAACUUCUUCAGAGCCACAAUCUAGUGGGAUGACAGCAACAGAGGGGUUGAGCCCAAAACCCCAAACCUUGGCUCCUCUCCAGAUCCCAUAAGCAAAGCCCCAACUCCAGGGAGGGCUGAUGGCAGCCAGGACACAGCCAGGAUCCAUCCACGGAGGAAUUCCAGGACUCAGGAUACCAGGAAAGGCUGAUCCAGGGGGACUCAGUCCUGUGGGUGCUGUUAAUAGCUGCAAAUUUKGGGGCUUUUUUAUAUUAUUUUUUAUUUAGGGCCAGUAAAACGUGUUUGGGUAUCACCCUCGAGUGCAGCUUCUCCUUUUCCAGCGCUGCCCAGGUGUUUCUGUCCCUCCAUUCAUGCAGCUGCUGCUUUGCUGUGGUUUUGCU